AUGACACAAGUCACCGACACAUCGAUACUGAUACUAAAGGACUUAUGUUGUGCAUCAAACAUAAAGUCAAAGUCAAUUUUGUUUGUUGAUUUCGAAUUCGAACUAAACAUAUCCUUAAUUGUUGUCGUUACUUUUGUAUGGCAGGGGAAGAAAAACCGCGAACGUGCAAACAAUCUGCAAGAGAAAACACCGAAACCAGACAUAGAUAAGUUUAUUCGCGAAAGGUACCCAAGAUUCGUGGAUGCGCUUGGAGAAUUGAAUAACUGUCUUACAAUGGUGCAUCUUUUUGCAGCAUUACCUGCGUUAAAGAGCAAGAAAAUCGAUGUAAAGCUUGUCCAAAAAUGCCGAAGAUUGGCACAUGAAUGGCAAGCAUUCGUAUCUCGUACGCACAAGUUGAGGAAAACAUUUGUAUCUGUAAAAGGCGUAUACUACCAGGCUGAGGUUGAGGGUCAGAAAAUUACAUGGGUAGCUCCUCAUUUGUUACAAUCCGAUGAUGUUGACAUACCUACCGUGCUAAAUUUUCUGCAAUUAUAUGUGUCUCUUCUUGGUUUUGUGAAUUUCAACCUCUAUCGUUCUAUAAAUUUGGAGUAUCCUCCCAUACUCAAUCCUCGGUUGGAAGCUUUGGCAGCAGACAUAUAUGCACUAUAUGCCGAUGAGUUUAGACCCUCUGGACCGAUAUCUGAAGCUUCUAAGUUAGCAGAAUCUGAACAAGUCGAGUCCAAGAAAAAGGGGGCCGAUGCUGAAAGUGAAAAAUCUGAAGAGGAUCAAGAUACAAGAGAAUGUAAAAACCUCUUCAAAAAUCUGAAAUUCUUCUUGAGCAGCGUGAUACAAAGGGAAUCAUUGCUUUUUGUUAUUCCGGCUUUCGGUGGUACAGUUUCAUGGGAGGGAAAAGGGGCACCUUUUAAUGAAUCUGAUCAGAGCAUUACUCAUCAGAUCGUAGAUACGGAUGCAGAAGGACAUACGUUUCACACUAGAGAAUAUGUUCAACCACAGUGGAUAUUCGACAGUGUGAAUGCUCGCAUAGUUUUGCCAAUGGAAAAUUAUAUAGUAGGAAGGAUUCCUCCACCACAUUUGUCACCUUUUGUUAACAACGAUGAAGAAGGAUCGAUUCCUGAUUAUUCAAAGAUUAUCAAAAACUUACAGGAGGCUGCCCGAAAGGAAAUCGUUCCGCUUCCUGGUGUUGGAAAACAAAAGGGCAAUGAAGCAGCAAAGGGAAAACAAAAGAUGAUGAUUUCGAAGCAGCAAUCUAAUGUCGAAAAAGAAACACCUGCUGGUGUGGUAAAGACCGGAGAAUCAACAACGAAUGUUCAAGAAAACGUCGAUACUGAUACGAGUGCACUUAUUAUGAUGUCACAGAAAAAAAGGAAACUAUAUGAAGCCAUGAAGAUAUCUAAUAAACGCAAGCAAGAUCAGUAUGAUCUUAUCAGACAACGGAAAAAGAAACUAGAUGAAGCUAAGGGUCAAAGGAGUUGAAGCGAUCCUGCACCUUAUAUUUUUUAGUUAGGAAUUCCACGAGGUAUCAUUCUAUGCAAAUGCAAACAAACUGGUGAU